AUGCACUACAGCCAAGAUUUGAUGUGCGUACGCCACUGCAAUCAAACGAUAUUUUCGUAUGAUAUUUUGAUCAGCUGCCCGUUGUGUAGCAAAUCGUUGGGUGAAAAUCUGGAUAGUGUACCGAUCACGUUACCUUGUCCAUUCGUCAGAGCAUGCCAGCACCCUUGUUCCAUUGUUCUGAAACCUUCAGUUGGAGAUUUCCUGAGCUCCUUUCAAAAUCAAAACAAUCUACACAUUGGAUUAACAUCCUCCAACGGAACCAUCGUAGAAUUUGACGCAAAUGGUUUAACGAAAGUACCACCCAAACGUGAUAGCCCCUCGGUCGAUUGGGACCAAUGCCUUGUAAUUGCUCGUGUGCCUGAAUCAUGGUAUGAUCGUUGGGAUGAGGUUUUGGAGAAGGUUUCAUGCGAUCCUUCAUGGAGCAAAGAAAUGUACAAGGAGAACACAAAUAACUGCUACGCAUUUGUGUUAAGCUUCCUCGGUGCGUUGGAGUAUGGGGAAUUCUACAGCUUCUGUCAUGACAAGUUGUCGUUCAGUAAGCAGAUCAUUGCAUCGAAGACGCAGAGUGCUGCUAAAUACAUCACCAUUCAUCGUAAGCUUCAAGCACGGAACUAUUUCAUCGAAGAACAAGGAUGA